AUGCCAGAUGAGCACAUUACUGUCCUCCACUACGUCUGCACCAGGCUACUCACUCUCCUGCCACAGUACCCCACCCGGGCUGCGUUGGAGGUCAACAUCGUGACCCGCGCUCAUCAUCGCGAGCUGGCGCCGAAGUGCGAGAUGGGGCUCGAGGAACUUGAUCUGUUCGUUGGGGGAAACGAGCUCCUGCAGCUUGGGUGCAUUACGGCGUAUACGCUGAACGAGGUUGCGAUGGCAUCCAAAGAACGCAUAAACAUAGUCAACUUCGGCGAGAAGGACACGCGUGGCUUCGCAGUGCUGUAUGUGUACUAUUUCAAUGCUAGAUAG